CGCUCCACUCCGAACCCCCUUUCCCAUUUGUACAUAAAGUAAUCUGUGAUUCCUUGAAGUAUAUUUUUAUAACACUAAGUUGAUCACGUGCGCGCGGACAUACGAUCGAUUUUUCUCACCCUUUUUCUUUUUUUACGUUUCGGAUUUUAUUGCCCGUCUCUUAAGAUCCCUCGUGAGUGUACGGUGUUUUCCUUUUCGCAGCCCCCUUCCCCCCCCUCUAAAUUUUCGUUUAGAAUCGUCGGUUCCCCGUCGUCGGUUUCUUGCGUGAUGACAUUGCGACGUGUGUUCAUGAAUCGAGUUAUCGGUUAGCUGAAAUUGCCUAGAAGAUGUUUGGUAUCGCCCCUGCAUCUCUCAUCCUCCACCCUGCGAAAGCCAUUUUACGACUGUUCAGCACUCGAUUAAUCCAAGGACAGUCCGGAUCGGAAUUGCGAGGUGAACGUUUCGCGGAUCUGGAAAUCGCAUAUAGUCCAGACGGAACCGCGGCGAGCGACGCCGCGUGCGGGAUCACCGAUCAAACGCGCCCGCAUUAGCUUUAAGUAUUUACGACUCGGCUAAUGUGUAUUGUUGGUUUGCGCGAUGGAAAGUAAUUAAAGAUAAUGAAUUGGUAUACAUUUUUUUCCUAUGUGUUGAACUUUGAAGAAUUAUUGUAAUUAUAUUACAUUAUUUAAUCUUGCAUUUAUAUACGUCUUUAUUAACUGAUUAUGAAUAAACAAGAAGAAAAAAAAAAAAAAAAGAUGACAGAACGCGAUAAAUUUACUCUCCUCUGCAACUGAGAGAAUAGAAGGCUUUCUUCGAUAUUUUUCAAAAUAAAGUGCACACAACUGGACCGACUAGACUUAGACUUAAUGCAAAAUGAUAUCACUGUGGUGUUCAGAUACCACAUCCGAUGGCAGGAAGAAAAGGAAAAAGGUUUCCUCAGUUACGAAUGCAUCGCGCAUUACUAUACCCGACUGUGCAAAAGUCCGUGUGAAAUCUUUAAAAGCACCGUGCAGAAUGAUACGCGCGCACGAAAGUUUAGCAAUGUGCUUUCAUUUGCGAAUUUUAAUCCUCGCCUUAACAAUCAUGCGACACGAUGCGUCGGCGUACAACAUUAAUUCGUUCAAUGCGAAAGUGUUCGGUGUGCAAGCGUCGCAUGGCCGUCGCAGUUACUUUGGGUUUUCGGUCGCUUUGUACGCAAAUGCAAAUGAAUCCUUGUUACUCGUGGGAGCCCCGAGAGCGAACUCCAGCGAAUUGCCGUCCGUUAGAGAACCGGGGACAGUUUUUAAAUGUACGAUGAACGACACGUGUGAAAUGUGGACAGUUGACGAUGUCGGAAAUGGGAGACAUCCUCAGCUGAAGUUCGAUCAAAUUAAGAAUGAUUCUUGGAUUGGCGCGACGAUUGCCGUAGAGAACAAAACGGAGGCCAGGAUUGUGGUUUGUGCACCCCGAUGGAUAAAUUACAAAGAGCGCGAUUUCCACAUGAACGGUAUCUGCUAUGCGACACUGGCCACUAAUAGCAGUGCAUUUGAGAGAAACGCUGAACAGCUAUUGUCACCACUUUCAAAUGGAAAUGAAAAUGAAUUCUUCAAGAAAAAACGCUUUUAUAAUUAUGCUAUGGGCCAAGCUGGCUUCUCUUUACGCAUGGAUUCUUUGAAGAACAAAGUGAAUGUCGCAAUGGGCAGUCCAGGUGUAUGCAAUUGGAACGGCGAUGCGAUAUUAACCACUGCCGAGAAAAACGGUAGAUUCUCGGGCACAAAAAUUCCUGCGGUUGCCGAAGAAAAAAAACUACAUAUUCACGGUUUCUUUUCAGGAUAUGCAAUAACAGCGGGUGCUUACUUUAACGAAAAGAACGUCUUAUACGCUUCCAGCGCGCCAAGAAGCAAAAUGUUAUAUGGAAAAGUUCUCGUGCUUGAUUUUCCUUCUAAACACAAUAAACCUAUCGUUAUCAAAACAAUAGUAGAAGGCGAACAAUUGGGCGAGUACUUCGGCGCAGUAUUAACAUCGUGCGAUAUUAACAAUGAUCGUAAGCACGAAUUAAUCGUCGGCGCGCCGCAGUGGUCCAAAGACACGGACGAGGGUCGAGUCUACAUUUUUACAUCGCGGCGCAAAGACAAGUUUGAGAAACCGCAGACGAUCGAUGGUGCGAUCGUCGGAGGUAGAUUUGGAGCUGCCGUAAUGUGCCUGAGUGACAUUGAUUAUGAUGGCUACGGCGAUAUCGCCGUAGGUGCACCCUAUGAAGAAGACGGUGGUGCGGUGUACAUUUUUAACGGAAACGAACACGGCAGGUUCCGGAAGUACAGUCAGAAACUGAUGGGCACGCGAUUCUCGCCGACAAUACGCGGAUUCGGUAUCUCUAUUUCGGAACCCCGAGAUAUCAAUCGCGAUAAUUAUUCCGACAUAGCUGUGGGCGCUUACCUUUCCGACGAAGUGGUCUUGCUGCAAUCCGUACCGGUCGUUACGCUGAAUGCGACUUUGACGUACCUGCAAAAGGUCAAACUGUUAAGAAACGCAACGUCCUUCACGAUUGAUCUCCACAUGUCUUACGAAGGUGCAUACGUACCCGAAGAACUACCAAUUAUCGCGAUCCUAAAGAUUGAUCAAAUGCACGGCAGAGCCACGUACCAAGCGCAGAAAAGUAACGAUGGGCCACAGACUUACAGAUUGCAUUACACGCUGCAGAAAGCUACGCUCACGUACAAAGCGCUGGAGAUUAAUCUGACGGAGAACAUUCAAAAUAUAAUAGAUCCGCUCGAAAUAUCGGUGUUGAUGCAGGUGGAAAAUGAUCUCCAUGCGAACAACAGAAUAAGCUCACCCUGCACUUUCUGCGUCGUGAUAAAUAAGCAGUACUCGCAGAUAGAAAAUUCCACAAUACUGCCGUUCGCUGUGGAAUGCGGCGAGGACGAAGUGUGCGUGUGCGAUCUCGGAGUAAGGCUGUCCACUGACGCGACUCCGGACAACAGAUACGUCAUCGGAGCUGCAUCGAUGAUUACGUUGCAAAUCGAUGCCGAUAAUCGCGGCGAACCGGCGUAUCAGGCCAAAGUGCUCAUCUCCACCGAAAUCUUAACGUUAGCAAAUAUUCCUCCCGAGUGCGUCGAAAGCUCUGCCGCGACCGGCUCUCUGGAAAUCAUCUGCAACAUUGGGAAUCCUCUGAGAACCAAUAAAACGUUAACACUGCAACUGGAUAUGAGCGGGGUGAGACACGAUGUUAGAGAAGUAGAAUUACGGGCGAACAUUAGCACCAAGAGCCACGAGAAAAAUUGGGAGGACAACAAUUACGUCAUCACAGUGUAUUUCGAUCUGGACAUUGAUAUAGCGAUCACUGGAAAAACGCAGGGAAACUGGUACUCGUACUUACGCGAGGGUAAGGAAACGCCGCCGGACAGUGUUAGAUUUCAGCAUUUCUACAAAGUGCAGAAUUUUGGCGCCAGCGCCGUCGAGGAAGCCGUGUUGACCGUGAAAAUUCCAACGCACAUUCGGCUGCCGGGUAUCGGAGAAAUAGCGAUCGUCAACAUCGGUAACCUGGAAAUGAACGGACAAGAACUUUUCUGCGGCUACUCGAGUCAAACCGAAGUGUCUACCUCCGUAGUUGAAGAGAUCACGGAGAACACAAUCGCGGUCAACUCCAGCUCAGCGAACGGCACGAAAUUCAGCAUCGAGGGCGCGCCGAUGAACGCACUCUCGGAGAACAGAACGUUCUACAUUAAUUGCACGAAUAACGCAAUCCGGUGCGAGCAAAUCGAUUGCAGACUGGGACCGUUUUUGAGUUCCUUGCACGUUGCGAAGUUCCUGGUCACGCUGGAUCUGCAAGUGAAAAAUUUUCCUAAUGACGUGAUAAAGAACAAUGACGUCAUACUUUACGCGACCGAAGGUAGCGUCGCUGUAACGCAACCCGGCAAUUUUACUGAAGGAAACAAGCCGAACACUACUUUAGUUACUACAAAAUUUCUUACGUCACCGAUAGCUCAGCGGAUAUCCGUGUUGAUAAUCGUCCUCUCCGCGAUCCUGGGAGUUCUGUUGCUGCUGCUGAUGAUACUGGGUUUAGUAAAGGUCGGAUUCUUUAACAGAAAGAAGAAGCUGGAACUGGAAGCGUUGAAGGCUGAAACUGACAAAACAUACUGGAUACUAAAAACCACGUCUGCGAUGGAACCUUUUGAUCAAGAUUGCGAUUAGCAUAUGUGAUAAGAUUUAUGAAUCGAGUAUUCAAUUGGACGUAUUUAAACAUAUUUCUAAUGCAUAUUUAUUUUCUCGUAUAAGUAAUUUUGUUAUGCAUAAUUCAAACAUGUAAAACAUGUAUCUCUUUAAGGACUAUAUAUACUGUUACAUAAUUAAAAUUUAUAAAAACUGAGAAUCGCUUAAAAUCUUAUAGACAUUAAAGAAAUAUUUGAUCGGUUAAAAAAAUGACUAUUCUGCACGAAAUUCAAGACAAUUUUGAGGAACCGCGGAUCAGCGAUGCGAUUGUCGGAGGUAUUGAUGAAUAUGCUACUUAAAAACAGAAUAUUAAUUGCACAAGUCGCGCGGUUCAUUGCAUGCAAAUAAAUUGUAGUUACUAAGAUCUUCAUCCAUUGUAAAAUUUUUAGUAAUGAAGAGAUUUUUAGAUUUA